UUGGAUUUGCAAACAGGAUUUCAACUUCAAACUUCAAAUCCUCAAAAAUGGAAGGGGAAAACACAAGCACAGCAAAUUCUUCUUCGUCUUCUUCUUCUUCUGUAGGAAGUAAAUUGAAGAAGGGCAUGUUAGACGCAACCACCAACAUCACUGAAGCCUUGCAAUAUAUUAAAGCUUUCUUCCUUGCACAGGGGAAGAAAUUGGUAGCUAAAAAUGAGCAGGAAUUGGCUGAAGCAGAUCUUCAAGCUCAGAGAAUUGAGGUUGAUGCAACUGAUGCUGCUGAGACAGAGAAGAAACAACAUGACCUCCAAAGCUAUUAAUUCAAAAUUGCAGAACUUUUCUGUAUUCUGAUGGCACUGUAAUAUAUUUUGCUGUUUGAUCAAGGGUUUCUCCAACCAAACCCUUUAACUGUUGAUUACUCGUCAUAAUGUUUAUGGGCUUGCUUAAUAAAGCAUGGUAGUAGCAUGUAAAUCUUUUUAUGUUUUGCUGUUCUGAAGAUCUGCUUAUAUGUGGUCAAGAUCUUACACAUUAACAAGUUUUGUUGAAAGACUAAUAGUUAAAGCUGAAAAGGGAGUUUCAAGUAAAA